UACAGUAGCUGCUUGUGGAUUUCCAAUCCAGUAACAAGGACUAAACCUGUUGUCAGCUACCUACCCUCCUGCUUGUCCAGUUCUCAGCAUGUGCCGGGGUUUAGCUGCACUUUCCACCUGCUUGGAAAGAGCCAAACAACUCAAGACUCGUUUAGGGAUCCUGCUUCAUAAGCCAGAGUUGGGACAUGAGGCUGAGAGCUUCAGCACGUCUGAGCAGGGCACCAAACUGAGAAACUCCUCAGAGGAAGUACUAGAAUGGAAGAAGUCCUUUGAUCACCUGCUGAAGAGUAAAAGUGGGGUGGCUACAUUCCAUGCCUUCCUGAAGACAGAGUUCAGUGAGGAGAACCUUGAGUUUUGGUUGGCUUGUGAGGAGUUCAAAAAGUCCCGGUCAAAAACUAAACUGUCAUCCAAGGCCCACAGGAUCUUUAAGGAGUUUGUUCAAAAUGAAGCACCUAAAGAGGUGAAUAUUGACCAUGAAACCAGAGAAAUAACCCAGAAGAACCUGACAGCUGCUACUUCUUCUUGUUUCGAUGCUGCACAGGCAAAAACCCGCACUUUGAUGGAGAAGGAUUCCUAUCCCAGGUUCCUGAAAUCUACCUCCUACCAGGACUUGACAGAGCAAAUCACCAGCCAUAGCACCAGCAAGCGGUUGCAUACCUGAUCCAAGUCACCUGCACUGCCAGAAACUGGGGGGUGAGGGGAAGAGCCACAUAGUGAAGCAAAGGUAGAGGAGGCAGGAGCCUGAGAAACAGCGACUGAGGCAGAAAGAGCUCUGAGCAGUGGGGUUUUGGCUAAAGUCCUGGGAUUUUAGCCUUAUCAGGAUCCCAAAUGCUUCCAUGUACCUCUGAGCUGUAGUGAGAAGCACCGUCCCCCAUCACUGGCAUGGGAGAUGGUGAAAUGGGAACUGUUGGGAGAGAGAUAUGGGUGGACAGUUUCUUAUAUGCAAGCAAGCGCUCCAGUGACGGGUAGUGGGGGAAAAAGUAUGCAAGAAGAGACUUGCACUAAAAGCAGAGAGAGAGAGAGAGAAGGGAGCUGGAUGAGAGGCUCCACCUGAGUGGCAGGUUCCAUUGAAAACAGGGCAGAUUCAAUUCCCCCCCCCAAACUGUCCACCAUCUGAUGUUGAACUUUGUGCAGACAGACGUGCAUAAAGAGAAAGCCUCAGUCUGCUCUCAAGACCCUGCCUCUGUACCGACACAAAUUACAAACUAUACAUAGCGCUCAGAAGUUUGCAAUUUCCACAGUGCUGGGGCCAAUGAACCCAAACUUGUCUGCAUGUUCCUGCACCAGCUGUAAUUUCCAGCAUCUCAAAUCAUAAAGAUGCAAGCACAAUUUUGGGUUUUCAGCCACAGGAGUCCUGCAUCUGCUUUGUUUUGACUGAGAGAUUUCAGGUUCUAUUCUGCCCUCUCCAAUGCAUGCUCUGGGUGAUCCUUUACACCUCCUUCCAAUAAGACAUCAGCAUAGCAUGAACAUUUCCCCCCCCCAUAUAAACUACAUGAGCUCAUGUUUUGGUCCUCUAGAUUGUUGCAUGCAAUCUUGGAUUGCAUGCCCCACUUUUUUAUUGUUGAUAAAAUUUCAUAGAUGAGCACAGCACUUUACAAAGUAUAUACUUUGGAUAAGCCCUUGCCCUGAAGAGCUUACAACUGAAAUUGGAUUUAUUGUAGAUACCACAGUCCUUGGAUACCAUGGUGACAGGCACUACAUAAAAAACCCAAGAGAAGUAGGUAGAGAGAACUCCAGUACAGUCAAAGGAUGAGGCACAAGAGUGGCAACAGCCGGAGUCCUAAUUGGUCAGGGCUGGCAUUGUUUUUUCAGAAGACAUGGGAAAGGGGAGGGUUAAUAGAUUUAUUGUACGAGUGUGAAAUUGGAGAGUGAUGUUUAAAAAGGGCCAGAUUUUUAAAGGUAUUUAGGCUACUAACUCCCAUAAUUUUUAUCAUUUGUUUUCACCUGCAAAAUGUGCCCUUUGGUGAUUGUGCCGGGGCUCCUCUUUUUAUGUGCCUUCUUCAAAUACAGAAGCUCACUAAGACCAUGCCUCCUCCCCUGUGCCUCUGCCUCAGCUGCCGUGAAAGGAGCCCUGCAAAAUACAGAAUAGGAGAGAGACCUCUUCUCCGCACAAUCUUCCCCUAAUAGGCUCGUGGAAUUUGUUUCUCAUGCAUGUGCCUACAGAGAAAGUAAAAUAGGUCCUUGAAUGAAAUGUGGAAGAGGAAAUAUGGAGAUUUCCCUUGGUUUUAAAUCUGGGCUUAAGUCCUCUACCUGGUGAAAUCAAUAGGCAGAAUACUGAGCAGGUUACUUGCAUUUAGUGAUCCACACAAAAUAGAGUUCUGUGAGAUGAAGCUAAGCAUAAAGCUCGGAGACAGUGAAAGUGGUUGGAAGAACCCAUUUAACCAGAAGUUGCUGCCCAAGGCUUCUCUGAGGGGCUUGUAGAACAUUUCAUUUGCUGAGAUUUCUGGCACAAGACUUGAUUUUCAGAAUCCCACCCUGAUUAGGUAUUCACAGAUCCAUUAGCUGGAUUAGAUAAUUAUUCAGACACUGAGGGUGCAGCUACACUGGUGCUAGCAACAGUAUAAAUACUAGUGUAGAUGAGGCUCAGGUGUUUUCAUUGAAAACCUGCCUUGAGCAAACUUUCCUGGUAAGACAAAAGCAUAGUGCAAUCUUACCUGAAGCAAUUCAUUCACAGAAGCCAAAUCCUGAGAUCGUUACUCAUUCUUUGCCCAAACAACCUCCUCUUGACUUCCAUGAGCAUUUGCCUGAGUAAGGACAGAGAAUUUGCCCUGGAUCAUUAGUGGUGUCCUCCUAUUGCAAUUUGUCUGGCCAGUGGCUUGAAGAAUCUCAAGAACUAGUGGCUGGACUCUCUUCUGCAUCCUCCUCUCUUCUUUCUUCCCAUUCUACCUCCUGAGUCUUCAUGGGUUCCAGCUGGGUUCUCAGGAGAUUCUAGCUGCUUUAAUAUUUAUUAUUUAUUUUUUCACAACUGGAACUAGCUUCAUAAUGCUAUUGAGAUACACAUUGUUCUGAUUGCAUGGCUAACACAAUAUCAUGAUGAUGAUGAUGAUGAUUAUUAGAAAAUAAAACAAAAAAAAUUGA